GCGGGUUCAUUGUGGCCCUGCAGAGCUAACGCCAUCACACGCAGCGGCUACGACGAGCAGCACGGCGACAUCAGGGCCACCACAGCAGCGCAGUCCGUAUUACUGUCAAAUUAUUUCACUGUAACGGCAAUGGAAUACAGCGCUGCGGAUUAUUAGACGCGUCUAAACUGGGCCUCUGUUUUGGCGGCGCACAAAGCAAUGUGGAGGAAAUAAAGAUCCUGAUACGCUGAAAAACCAGAGUUUCCUACGGUGGCUUCGGCGACGGAGCUCGGGCUCAUCGCAGAGCGCAGUCACAGUUUGCCGUGUGACUCAGCCCUUUUCGGAAGAGCUUUCUCCGUGUGUGUGAAAUGGAAGGCGAGCUACGGUACGGCGGCGUGGCGGGCGUCAGAAGAAGCUCCGCAGAGCUGCAACUGUAGCACAUCAAGAGCACCCGUACUGUGGGACUGUGGAACUGAUGUGUGUGUGUGUGUGUGUGUGUGUGUGUGUGUGUGCUGGGUGGGUGGUAUUGUAGGCUGGUGAGAAAGAGAAAAUGAGUCACCGAUUCCAAUCAUGUUUUCAUGCUUCCACUCUAACCCUCUUCCACGCAGAAAGAAGAGCUAAACAGCACAGUGAUUAUAGAUAAUGGGCUGUGUGCAAUGCAAGGAUAAGGAGGCAACCAAACUCACAGACGACCGAGACACCAGCAUCUCCCAGGGAGCCGGGUACCGCUAUGGGGCCGACCCCACGCCGCAGCACUACCCCAACUUCGGGGUCACCGCCAUCCCCAACUACAACAACUUCCACGCCCCCGUCGGCCAGGGGAUGACCGUCUUCGGAGGGGUCAGCACUUCCUCUCACACUGGAACACUGAGGACUCGUGGUGGAACGGGAGUCACCCUCUUUGUGGCACUUUAUGACUACGAGGCGAGGACAGAAGAUGACCUCAGCUUCAGGAAAGGAGAAAGGUUCCAGAUUAUCAACAGCACUGAAGGGGACUGGUGGGACGCUCGCUCGCUCACCACCGGUGGCAGCGGCUACAUUCCCAGUAAUUACGUGGCUCCAGUGGACUCUAUCCAGGCUGAAGACUGGUACUUUGGCAAACUGGGCCGUAAGGAUGCAGAGAGGCAGCUGCUGUCCACCGGCAACCCUCGAGGCACCUAUCUCAUUCGAGAGAGUGAAACCACAAAGGGUGCCUUCUCCUUGUCCAUACGGGACUGGGACGACGUGAAAGGAGACCACGUCAAACAUUAUAAGAUCCGCAAGCUAGACAGCGGCGGCUACUACAUCACCACCAGGGCUCAGUUCGACACGCUGCAGCAGCUGGUUCAGCACUACUCAGGUAAAAAAACGAAGCUUUUCAGUGAUAUUUUUUUAUGUUGUGCUUAAUUUUAAAAGCAAUGCUACAUGAUACAAUGGUGCUCCUUCUGUUUGUAAGUGCAGUCUGGGUUAUUCUUUAAAAUCAGUUCACUUUUCAUCAUAUAAUGGUUCUUUUUAGGACAUACUUUGCAUGUAUUCUGGUUAAAUUUGUAACCUGGUCAAUUUUUGGAUGUAAUCUUAUCUGUUUUAGGUUACUUUGAGUAAUUUGGAACAUAUUGUAGUUGUACAGGUGAUAUCUGAUUAGUUUUAAAGUGUUCUGGAUAAUUUUUGAUCAUAAUCUGGUUAAUAUUACAAAUUAUUCUGGUAAAUUUUAGCACCUGAUACACUUCAGGAUGUGAAGUUUGAGGUUGCUUUUAGGAA